AUGGCACCGUCCCCAUCUCCCAUCGAACUCACAGUAGCUUCGGCUCUGCUUCUCCUCUCAGCCACACCUCCCUCUCCCUCUCUGAUCUCCGCUCCGCAGUUGGCUUCUGAGGACCAGUCCCUCAAGGAUGGAAGGGAAAGACAGAGUUGCAGAGAGAGCUUGGUGCUGAGCGAUCCCAACGCAGUGCCGCUUAUGGAAGAGUCAGGCUCUGUUUCGACGCCAUGCACUUCAUCGCUCGCCAGCGAGGGAUCGUCUGAGGAGAUUAGAGCUCGUCCGAAGAGCAUCAUGGACGUUCUGUCUCGCUACCAUGACAUGAAGCUAAAGGUUGAUCUGAUUUCUCAUUUAACACUGUUUAAUCUGUUUGGAUUCAUUGUCACUGCGUAUUGGUUGAAUAUGCGCAAGGAUAUGCUUGAAUCUGAUUUUUUGAACUAUGGCGUUUUCAAUUACUGUUUGUCUGUGAACAAACAAAAUCCGAAGAUCUUCCAAUUUUCUCAGGUCGUACGGAAGAGCCGGUCGAAGAUUCUCUAUAGCUCCGGGAAGGCGACGACAAAAACCUCGGGAUCCGAGUCCACAGAGGCGUCGUGCUUGUCGAGCAGUUCGACCGCAGGCUCAAGCGCGCGAAGCCGAAUAAGCUGCUACGUUAGCCGAGGUGAGAAAAGGCUUGCAAUGGUCCACGAGGACGAAGAGAUAAGGAGGAAGCAUGUCAGCUCGACUCACAUGCGCCGCCGAGCCGAUUCCAUUUUGAAACUACUCUCUGGCGGUUGUUCCUCUGAACUGAAGAUACGUCAACUUCUCGGUGACAGCCCUGACACAAGCAAGGCUCUCAGAAUGUUGUUGAAGCUGGAUGAGGUGCAAAGGUCCGGCACAGGAGGACGUCACGACCCCUAUAUUUACAAGAUAGCAUGA